CCCGUGGCAUAGGCCGUAUAGGCAAAUGCUAAGGGCGCCGUCCAUCAGGGGGCGCCACGCCAGUGCCACAAAUGUUGAAAAAAAAAAAGUUGGUACUAUUAUUUCUAAAUACAAAAAAUAAUCCCACGUUAAUUAAAAUGCAAAGUAAAGCUUAUUUAAUAGAAAUAUUAUUUGUUACAACAUUACGCCCCCCCCCUCCCCGCACGGUGCGCCCCCUCCCUUCCCGUAUCAUGGUUCCUUUUGGACGUCACCACAUCAAAAAAUCAACACAAGAUGUCAAAACGGCCAAAACUGUCAGGUGCCCAGGGAAGAAAAAAGAGAAAAGAAGAGGAGGAGAAACGAGAAAAAGACAGAGAUGCACUGUUGAAGUUUCUAAAUCCCACCCCUGGGCCAUCUACCACAUCUACUGCUGCUGCCUCCACUUCAGCAGCACAACCCACCAGUGAUGCAGCAUCAGCAGCACAACCCAGCCAUGAUGCAGCAGCAUCAAGCGGUCUUCCUGUUGCCUCCACCUCAGCAGCACAACCCACCAGUUUUGCAGCAGCAUCAAGCGGUGUUCCUGUUGCCUCCACCUCAGCAGCACAACCCAGCAGUGAUGCAGCAGCAUCAAGCGGUCCUCCUGCUGCACCAAUAUAUGCAGUUCAGUGCAGCAACCUCAGCCAUGAAGGUGCUGAACAUGGUUCUUGCGGACUCAAUGUCCUCAGGCUCCCUCAGGAUGUUGUUGAAGCUCUGCCGGGGUGGGAGUUGAAGAUCUUACAAACCGGGCCUUUUCCAGGCGUUCCCAGUGCACCUUCGCUGGUGUGGCAGGAUGUGGAGCGAAAGAGUGAAAGCGGCUCAAUCACCUGCUUAAGAGCUACUGGAGCAGACCAGUGUGCCGGGUUAGGGAGUAUGGUUAAAGAGGGUUUUAAUUUAUAG